AUGCAAGUGCAUGAGAAUAGCGCCGCACAAAGGAAAAAUCAAAUAAGCAAGGCUUGUCAUUUGGGCCAUCAAUCGUCCCAAUCAUCAUCUACGUAUAUUCCAGGGGUGCUUUCACAAACACUUUCGCCUCCGAUCACCUCCAGAUUCAAGUGUCUCACCAAUGGCUGUUGCGAUCAGCAUGAAUGGUGCCGGUUCUGGGCGUCAAUCGGCGAAUGUCAGAUAAACGAGGAAUGGAUGAGUGGGAAUUGUCAGCUGGCCUGCGGAACAUGUAUGGCAGGACCGGCUACACAUGACUCAUGGCGACAAUGA